CUCUCGUCGAAAGAGGUUUUUAAAUCUCCGCCAUAUUCAAAACAAGCGCCUGUCAAAACAUGUUUACGACAUAAAUUAUUUUUUCAUAUACUACCUUAAAUUCUGCUGUUUUUGACAGAUAUAUGUUUCAAAGCAAUACUUAAUACCGGACUGACAAACAAUGUCAAACACAGCCACAGCCCAAGCCCAGCAGAAGUUCUCUAACCUUCGAAAACGUCUGGACCAACUGGGCUACAAACAACCCCUGGGUAUAGAAUCUCUACCUCUUGUCGAGAAACUGUUCGCUGAUCUUGUGCACACAACAGAAAGUCUCAAAAAUGCCAAGUUAAAUCUCGGCAAGCAGACAACUGAACAUGUGGAUGUGGAUUCUGCUGUAGAGGCUUACAAGAGUGAUAAUGCCAAACUUGUGAAGGAGAAUAAUGACUUACACAAACAGUUGAUUAAACAGAAAGAAGAAUCAGAUGCAAUACUUAGAGAGCUGAAGGCGUCCCUUCGGAAGCUUGAACACGAGAAUGCAGACCUCAAGUUCCUCAACAAUCAGUAUGUACACAAGGUGCGAGGGUUGGAGCGCGAGAGCAAGGAGAAGUCGGACCGUAUACUCAACCUGCAGGAGAAAAACUUCCAUGCUGUCGUUUCAACACCAGGAGGAAAGAAAAAGACAAUACCAUUCCGUCGCCAACGUAUGGAGAUUGAUUGCACCGUUCCACCUGCUGAUGACUACCAUCGAACCAAACCCAGUUUAGCUGAUGACCCGUACGUGGCUGAUCUGCUCCAGGUUGCCGAUGGGCGCAUAGCUGAGCUUGAUCAACAGGUUUCGGAUCUGUCAGACCGAUGUGAGAUUUCUGACCGCAAGUUGGCUAGCUUCCGACAACAGGUUGAAGGUCGUGAUGAGGAGAUAGAACGACUAAACAGAAUGUUGGACGGCGGACGACCCUCGGAUGUUGUGGCCCUGGAGGCCCGGAACAGGGCCAACGAGAGAAUGAUCUCACACCUCAAUAUACAGAUUGACUUCUUGCAACAGAAGAACCGCGAGAUGGAGCGAAAGUUCCGUGACGCAGUUACCGACAGAAGUGAAAUUGAGACCGACCUUAGCAAGGCUCAAGCCCGCAUUAGUGACCUUGAACUCGAUCUACAGAACGUAGACAGACAUGCUAAACGGAUUGAGACAGAUAGAAAUAUUGUCUUGAAAACAGCAGACAAGGAAAUGAUCGAAGCGAAGGAUGAGUUGGAAAAAUCCCGACAUGAGCUGGAAGACCUGGAUCUUACAAUCGCACAACUCAGGGCUGAAAAUGAGCGGUUUUCAAAGGACUUAGCAGAGGCUCGCUCCUCGCUGACAACGAAGUCCGGAGACUUGAUGAGACUGGAAGAACUUCACGAUCGUGUGGCCGAGGACAAGAAACGACUCAGUCACAGGGUCAACAAACUCAUGGCAAAUGAGAAAGAACUGGUCCUGGAAAUUGAGCGACUGAAGAGGAAGAACGUCCCAACUGGUACUUCAAAGAAGGGCAAGAUCCCGAGCAAGCUCGACGCCUUUGUCCGCAGCGUAGAAGAGGAGCGCAACUACUACCGCGACCAGGCUGAGGCAUUCCAGAAGAUGCUACGCGGGGAGAUUCCAUCUCGACUCCCGAGAUCUCGUACCCCAUCUAGACCUUCAUCGCGGUCUGCAAGUCCAGCACGCGAGAUGAAUGCCUCCGCUAAGGCUGACAAAAAGGCUGCUGCCCAGUAUGAGGCCAUCAUGCGAGUUAUGGAGGAAGAGAGAGAUUAUUACCGCACUGAAUAUGAGGCCCUGAAAAUUGCCAAACGUGCUUCAUCUGCCCGUGCUACGCCAACAAAGCAACUGUUCAGCCCUUUUGAGUGGUAUUACCCAGGUCUGUCGGAGGAGGCAGAGAUUGUGAAGCUGACCAAGGAGAGGGAUGAAAUGAGACAGCUCCUAGACAAGUUUGAACGUCACAUGGCAGAGAUCCAGGCCAAUGUGAAGGUUCUUACUGGAGAGAGAGACAAACUGAACCAGAUGUAUGAGGAGGCCAAGGAUGAGCUUCACAAAGUUCGACGAGAGCUGGUUCGCUCACCCAAGUCUCCGAAAACCUCUCUGGCAGCUCAGGCAGUUCUGAGACGUGUGGAGAACGAGCGGGAUGAUGCUGUGUCGGAACUUCGCAGGAUGACCACUGAAAGGGACAGCCUCAGGGAGAGACUUAAGAUUGCCACAGAGGUAUCCCUAUCUGAAAAAGCCAAGCUAGAACAGCGUGGGGAAGACCUGGAAUCCGCCCUCCAGCAGGCCGAGAGUGAACGGGGUGAGCUGAUUAUGCGCGUCACCACCCUCAAGGAGGAUGUUCGCAGUCUGGAAGCUCAGAUUAAGGACAUGGCCGGUAGAUUGUCCGAGGCCCAGGAUGAUUCAUCGACCAACAAGUCUAAGGCCACUCAGAUGAAGAUGUUGGCUGAGGAGACAGAUCGUGGCCUAGAGGAGACCCAAAAGCGUCUUGCCCGUCGCGAGAGUGAACUUAAUGCCCAGGAGGAACGAUGUGCCCGACUGGAAGAGAGAAUUGGGGAACUCCAGCGUGUUAUUGCUCGCUCGGGAGAUGAGAAUUCUGGGCUUCGCGGAACCGUUAGCCAGCUGGAUCGAGAGAAGGAUAACCUCCAGAUAAGCGUGGAUGAAAAGACCGAGAAGGUCGCGAACCUGAAUGAGGAGGUCUUGCUUAAGGAGAAACUCAUCAGUGACUUGAAGGUUCGCAUCAGUGAGUUGGACGCCCAGCUUGGCCAUGCCAAUGACAACAUCAACAUGAAGGAUCGUGAGCUGAAGUCGCUACGUCGCCAGCUGGACAGCACAUCUGAUGAUCUCAAUGAAAACUCUCGUGGGAAGGAGAUUGCUCUGCGAGAAAACAGGAGACUUCAAGAUGACCUGUCAGUUAUGACUCGUGAGAACCAGAAACUGAACCAGGAACUCCAAGAGGCCUUGGAGGACAAGGAAGGUCUCAAACAGCAGGUUCAGGAAUACAUCCUUGAAGUGAGACGGUUUGAGGAUACUCUCGCUAGCAAGGAGAAGGAGCGCUCAGACCUCCUAGACCAAUACCGAGCCCUGUCCUCGGAGGCAGAACAAUACCAGACUGCAACCCACCAGCUGGAGAGUGAUGGAUCUAACAUGAGACUUGAGAUCAUGACCAAGGACUCUGAGCUCCGCAGACUGAGAGACAAGGUCGAUAACCAGGAGCGAGAGAUUCAGGAGCAUCUGAAUGCCGAGCAGGCCUACGAGCUCCAAGUAUCGAACCUGACUCGCUGUUUAGCAAACCUGGAAGAUAACCUGCGCCAGACAGAUGAUGAUAAGAACACACUUCUCUCCGAUUUGACUGCCGUACGGGAACUGUGCUCACGUCUGGAGGGAACUAAGGAAUCUCUACAGAGGCAGCUCACUGCUCUCACCAUUGAUAAGGAAUCGCUGCAAGGCCAGUUCGAUGAUAUCGCCCAAGAAGCGGAGCUGUACAAGAGCCAGCUGUCAUCGGAGCGCCACACAAACAAGAACCUGGAAUCUCUGCUACAGAAUAACAGGGAGAAGGAGUUCACUUCACAACUGCAGAACCAGGAGCAUGGAGCUGAGAUACAGAUGCUCAAGGAUAGACUCUCACUCAAUGAGAGCAAGAUUCAGAGUCAGAGCCGUGAGAUCGCGUCCCUGCGCACCAGAAAUGUGGAACUGGAGGGAGAUGUGGAGCGACUUAGGAGACAACUCACCAGCGAGAAGUUUGAAAGGGAAAGAGAGCGAUUCAAUAACCUGUAUAACAAUUAUGACAGCUAUAAGAGCUGUGAUUAUGUGACACAAAGAGAGAGCGGUUCAGGAGCUGAGACGUCAUGGUCUGGUGCCCCCACUACCGACACUGGAUUACUCGAGCAGCACUCGCUACAGGUCCACAAGUCCCGCAAGGUCAAGGUCACGCAGUCCUACCAGAUGGCGAACAUUGGAACUGAGCAGGUACAGGAGCCGUAGCCCGGACACUUCCUACCUGAGUUCUUCCCGUCGCCGCUCACCAGAACGUAGCGGCCUUUCACUUGAAGAUGACACCACUGCCAAAUCUUACAACUCAGAUCUGCUUUGAUAGGACAGCAACUUAACUACUUCAGCCAGCGAUAUUGCUUAGCCAACCAUUGUCAUGUAUCAACUUUGAUUAUUAAAAAUGUAUAAAUUUUAUGUAUAUUCAAUACCAAGAACUGAAAGCUUGUAUUUACGAUGUUUAUAAUAAGAAAAAUGGUUAUUUUGGAUUGAUUUCUUUUUAUUCCUACAUUGCAACUUGUAGCAUUUCUUUCGAGUUACAUGUUAUUACGUAACAAAAUCUUUCAUAACAUUAAAAGUAAUAAUUAGCAUGUGUGUUACAAAUAACAUCGAAUCACAUCAAUUUUCUAACGCUUAUAUAUUUGACAUAUAAGUUGUCAUUUUCAUCAAACUGGAAAAACUUUUUGCAGUUUUCCUUAUGUGCGAGCCCUUCGUAUCAAAAAAGCAUUAUUUGAAUUGUUAGCACAUGUUGUGGAUGUGGUUGGUUAUUUUUCUUGUUUUGCAUGUUUGUUAAGAUUCUGCCAUGAAUUUUCUUCUUUUCUUUGACAAACUUAUAUAAUGUAUGUUAUGUUACAACAGAAUUGUGCUGGUUGUAUUUAUUUUUUUUCGUUCUUGUCUGUGAUAACGUAUAAAGUUGCUAACGAAAUAUCUAGUUUUACCAAUGGAGCUAGUAUGAAAAUGAGUAUUAUAUAUGUCCACCAUCUCUGUCUUUAAUUUGUUUCCUGCAGGGAUCACAAAGACUGCCACCUUUUAUGAAACCUGAAACUGUUUCCAUAUAUGAUAUAAACUUUUCUACGUCUUUCUCACUGUAUAAGAAAUCCUUCUUACCGAUCCACUCAAAAUUCGUCCAAUGGGAAGAUGAAAUCCUCCAACUUCUAAUCAAUUGAUUGAUUUCUCUUUUCUGAGAUAUAUGUACUUGCAAAUAUUCUCAUUUUUCAAUAUACCACUCUAGAAUUUGAAGGAGAGACUGUGAUAUGUAAAUAUAUACCAGCUGACAUUUAUUUACACCAUAUUCUGUAUAUACCAAAAGCUGUAUCCUCCAUAUGCUUGGAUAGUUCAUGUAGCGAUGCUUUUAUUUAUUACCAUAACCAUUUUCACUAUCUCAUAUUCAUGAUGCCCUCAUUUUGUCUAGCUAUUGAAAUGUGAAUGAUAAAAAUACAAAGUGAAUGAGACAAAAAAAAUUGAUUUGACAUUUGAUAGAGGAGAAUUGACGUGUAUAUAUAUUCAUCAAUACCUGUCCUACCUGUCCUUAUAUAUUAACAUAAUUAUUUUAUUCAAGGAUGAAAUUUAGUGCCUUAGUAAUGAAGUUUCAAAUUGUUAAACAUAGAUUUACAUUUCUAUAAGUUGGUUACUGUAAAUUGAAUAUGCAUUGAAGAUGAAAGGACAUUAUUACCUAUCACAUGUACAAACUUAAAUGCUGCAGACUUAGUGCAAGACAGUUGUAUCUCAAAAUUGAAUUAGAAAGCAUAACAGCAGUCUUGUGCCGAGCCCUCGCUGUAUGUGUUUGAAGUUGCUACUUUUGAAGCAAUUACUUUGUGUAAUUGACAUCAAGAUCUUUCGAUAUCACAAAUUCAUAUUAAGAGUAUCAAUUUGCCAUUCCAUUUGUCAGUGUUGUUUAUGUGAUAGUAUAUAUGUGCACUAGUAUUACAAUACCAAUAAUACUUAUAAUACAGAUAUCCGUCCAGAAUUGUAGUUUUUAUUUGGGGUUUAUUUAUUAUUUAUUUUACAACUGUGUAGAUAAACUAUACUAACUGAUCUUAUGUAUAUGUUUGUAUGUAUGGUUCCUAUUUACAUGUAACUAAUGGCUUUAUUUCUGUUUUAAUAAUGAUAAUUGUCAACGCUUCUUAGAACAGACUCUGAAUUUUACUGUCCUCACUUUUUCUGAUAAAAAGGUAAUUAGAAAGAAAUUAAACUUAAUCUUUUGAUAGUGGCUAAUAACUUUCAUGUUUUUACCUUCUAAUAGCGGUUUCUCUUUCUUCCUCGCACAUGUACUUGGUUCUAUACUGCCAGAUAUUAGAAUUUGUUUUCGUAGUAAUUUUAUAUGUAUCUAAUUUUCAUUCACAUACUGAGUGUUAUAGACAUUCCGUUAAAUGAUAUUUGAUUUAGGACCAGUAGAUAUGAAAUAAAAACAAGAGUCAUGUUCAAAGAAGUGGUACAACGAAGCUAGCUUUUUUAAGUGUUUAGAAGCUGUUGCUAGGUAACACUCUAGCUUUUUAUUGUUAAAAAGCUGUUGCUAGGUAACGCUAGCUUCUGAGUAUUAAGAAGCUGUUGCCAGGUAACACUAGCUUCUGAGUAUUAAGAAGCUGUUGCCAGGUAACACUCUAGCUUCUAAGUGUUAAGAAGUUAUUACUAGGUAACACAACCCUUCUUUCGGCAGCUCUUGACCUGGUAUGCUUUGGAAGUGAACUGUAUGUACACUGUUAGCCUAGUUGACUUAUAUACAGUAUUUUGGAAUUUUUCAGAAAAUAAAUAAUUAAAGACAA